CGACCGGCAAUUAUGUGAAAUAAAGGUUAUUUCUCAUACUGAAUGGAAACGAAGAAUCAGAGUCCAAAGUGAAAAUAGUGCGUGCACGAGCUACACACUGAUCAACUUAAAAAAAUAAUAACGCAUAUGAUCCGUCAGUAGUUUUGUAGUGUUGUGUAUUUUAUAUGCAAAACAAUCACCAUUUCUAUUGUUACUUCGUCGAGAUAACGAAACAGAUAAAACCGAUUCAAUUCAGACACUGCAAACAUUUAAACGGUAACUAAUUGAGAGUGAGAAUAUUUGUUAGUUAAUUAUGUUUCGAUGCCAAGUUGUAUUUUUUUCAGUCGGUUAUUGUUAUUAUACCUGCUGGUAGUUUGCCACUGCGCGAAAAUGACAUCCCUGGCAAAUCGAGGAGUGACAGAAAAGAUGCCACCUGUCCCACCCCAAAAAGAAUACCCCAAAUAUGUCGACUCCUUGUGGUGCAUAUAUAUUGUCUCGGUCGUGGCGGCAUGGAAUGCAGAAUUUUUGACGUAUCCAUUGGACCUAAUAAAAACGAGAUUACAAAUACAGGGUGAAGUGGCAAAUAAAAAUGGCAACAAUAAAUUGGGAAAGGCGCCGUAUCGAGGGAUGGUGCAAACUGCCAUAGGCAUAUCAAAGGAAGAGGGUUUGCAUAAAUUGUGGCAAGGGUUGCACGCUGCCUUCGCACGCCACUUAGUUUACUCAGGGACUAGGAUAAUUACGUACAAAGCACUGAAAGAGAAAAUAUUCAAACAGAAACCUGGCGAUAAUAAUUUUCCACUAUGGCAAUCGGCAGUAUGUGGAGUAUCAGCUGGUGCCUUUGCUCAAUAUAUUGCAAGUCCGACGGACUUGCUCAAAGUACAAUUGCAAAUGGAAGGCAAGAGAAGACUGAUGGGUCUUCCACCACGCGUCACUGGAAUGCACGACGCUUUCAAGAAGGUCUGGGAGACCGGCGGAAUCAGGGGACUUUGGAAAGGUUCCGUACCGAACGUUCAGAGAGCGGCGUUGGUGAACCUCGGUGAUCUGACUACGUACGACAUGGCGAAGAGGUUCAUAAUGAAGCAGACCGGCCUUCCGGACAACCAUCUUCUUCACAUAUUGAGCAGCAGCUGCGCCGGAUUCGUGGCUGCCUCCAUGGGCACGCCUGCCGACGUGAUUAAAACGAGAGUCAUGAAUCAACCGUUCGACGAAAAAGGCCGGGGACUUUUAUACAAAUCAUCUAUCGACUGUCUGCAGCAAACGGUUAGACAAGAAGGAUUCAACGCUCUGUACAAAGGCUUCUUACCAAUAUGGAUGAGAAUGGCGCCGUGGUCAUUGAGUUUUUGGCUGACUUAUGAAGAAGUCCUGUCUUUAAUGGGUGCCAGAAGCUGGUAGUUUUACGGACGUGUAGUCAAAGGAUUAGUGACUAGUUUUGUUAGGAUGUACAUAUUUUAAAAGCGAUUGUUGAGUUUUUCUUUUUGUUAAUUUUAUUAUGAGAAAGUCACACGAAUUUUGUUAAUUAUCGGUUAAGUCUAAAGUCGAGUUUGAGCCAUUGCUUUUUUUGCACUUUUUUUUUUUUGUAUAUUUCAUGUAUGAAAAGUCUCUAUAUCUCUAUGUCAUAGUUGAAUUGGAUGUGCACAAUUUUUAAUAUAUAUUGUACACAUGUUCAUUUUUAUCAUUAAUUGCGGAAGAAAUAUAUUUUAACUUCAUAAAUAUUGAAUUUAUAUUAAUUUUUCGAACAAAAUGUGUAUAACAAUUCAAUUGUGUAAUAUUCAAAAUAUUUUUGUAAGAUUUCAGGAAGGAUCUAUAUUGUAGUAUAUUUUAGGGUAAUAUACACCUGUUACAGUAAAAUAGUUCCUACCUGUUACAAUUUCUAACAAAAUAAUUAGACUAGUGAAGAAGACUGCCAUUAUAUAGACGUGUCAAAUAGAAUUGCACAUGAGUGUAAAAAAGAUGUGCACUUAAAAUUAUUUUAAUUUGUAUAUUAUUUUCUUUUAAUUUCAUGAAGGAGUUUUCAGUUUUUUGUUAUAAACUGCAUGAGAACAAUUCCAACUAGCAACUACACAAUAAUUAUGUAGUGCCACUCGAUUUGAAUAGAACAUAUUUUUGUACAAAUAUAAAAUAUACACUUUGAACAAUGUGUAUAAAAUUCUUUCUAAAUGUCUGAGCAAUUCUAGGGCCUUGUACAACCCACAAUGCAAUUAUUGUAUUUAACUUUGCCACAAUGUAUAUGUUCAUGUCAAUUCCGAUUUAUAUAAUUUAGAGGUUUAUUUCGGAUUACCUACAUUAAUUGACAUUGUUAAUGAGAGUUGUUAGAUGUUUUAUAUACACCAAAAAAUUGCGGAGUACAGGUUUUUUUAUAUACAGGUAAUUUACAUGUAAUAAAGACAAUGUACUGAA